AGCCGAUGGAAAUGCGGUACGGAGUACAAGAGCACAUCAUUCCGGAUGUGACCCGCCGUUGAGCCAUAUCUGGUUCGGCUCGCCCAUCACACUGUCGCAUCACUGCUAUUUUGCGGGCUAAACGUACCGUGGACGCUGGAACAGGUCGCAUGAGUCGGCCCAUCAUGUGUUUGCUUCCCCACCAAGCGUCAACGUCAGCUGUCGGCGCCGGCUGCAUCGCAGUGCUCGAGAUUAAUGUUUUCCGCUUUCAUUGGGGUGGACGGUAUCUGGAUCGUUCGUCAGUUUCACAUGAACUGGAUCUUGGUGCUGGGUUAGUCCCCCUGAUCCGGCCAGACAAGCCUCUGCCGGCACGGGUGUACCUGAUGAAGCCGGAAGAUGGUGUAUAUCACCGAAAGAGCUACGGGAAUCGUCCACGGGUUUGUUAUGAACUGGUGAAUCAGGCGCGGCAAGAGUCUCGGCGGCUGGCGGACUUUGAGGGACCUCAAUCAGCGGAGGCAACAACAACUGGGGACAGUGGAGUGGUUCCGGCGGGUUUUGAUGCCGUAAGUCAUGUCGGGUGUAACAACAGUACGCAUGUACGCACCCUUUUCCAGAGCAAGCGGCACGCAUUUAUUUUUCCGGGUCGACAGAGAUCUAAUGUUGCGCUGCAGAGAAACACACCGCUUCUGCCGCCAACGCGGCGGUGUUUGGCUGCUAAUAUGAUCGCCAGGGGCACAACAGCCGGCCCGGAUGGAACAUGCGGCUGCAUGUAACCUCUAUCGCCAUUGCCUUCAAUCUGGAAUGUCUGGCCGGCUGGCUGGAUCUCCCUUUCGCGGGCCGACUUGCUCCUUGAUGUCAACUAGUAUGAGACGCUGUUGAUUCUUUACAAUUUGUGGCAG